UUCAUCACUGAAAUGGGAUCUUGAUUCUUGGCUAGCAGGUACUUCAGUUUUCUGGAAAGAAAAAGAAGAGAGAGAGAGAGAGGCUUCAAUUCAUUUCUCGGUGGGCUUCGUAGCUGAUUUUCCAUCUGCAUAUUGUAAUAAUUGCAGUCUAGGCAUCUCGAGACAAAAGCAAAAAAAUAGCCAACAAAGACCAGGCAAUGGUGUCCUCUAAUUCUCUGAGGUCGUCUUCCAAGAAAUCAGAUGGGAAAAAACCAACAAAAGAAACGGGGAAAGGAAAUUCAGUCUCAGACAAUAACAAAUCAGAUGGGAAAAAACCAACAAAAGAAACGGGGAAAGGAAAUUCAGUCUCGGACAAUAACAAGGAAAGUGGAAGCAGGAAAAGGAAAAUUGAUAAAGUUCAGGAGAAACCGAAGCCAAGUAACAAAUCUGCGAAAACCUCUACAGGAAAGUCUUCGGCUACAAGUCAAAAAGUGAAGGAGAAGGCAAACUUACGUCCAGAGAAGACCAAGCAAGAGAAAAACAAGCAGAAACUAGGUAGCACGAGCAAGAAAACCCCUACUAAAAGCCCAAAACGGGAAACAACUUCAGUUAAGGCAGUUAAAGAACCAAGCGCACGUAAAAUCAAAAUAAUGCAAGCUCUUGGUUUGGCUGCUCCUACCGGUUCCCCAUUCCAACAAAAACGGAUCAGUUCUCUGAAACGAGUUAAGUAAGAUGUUUCGAGCUGCUGCAGUAUCUAAAUUUUGUCUUCGAGCAUUUGCAACUAGAGAUGCUCUAGAUGCUGCCCAGGUUGUCUCUUUUGUGCUCCUUGUAAAGUGCUUAGCUUGUUCUGGUCAGCAUAAUCUUCUUUUGUUAAAUAUGAUAUUAAGGUAUCAAGCAAUUAUUAGUAAUGACUUGACAUUUGUGGAUAUUGAAUUGAAUGUGUAUAUAUAUGUCAAGCUUUUCUAUUAGCCCACAUGUAGAAUAGAGUCCGGUUUAAGGGUGUGUAUUGGGUAAAUUUUGUUCUUAUAUAAUAACUCGCAAACCACGCAUGAGAUUUAUUUACUACUAUAUUGAAUGCUAUUUAUUUUUGAGUU